AUGUCUACAUCACGCCCGAAGACGGCGCAUUCGACCCCUGAUACACCACCCCAUCUCUCCGCCUUCGGAAUCUUUUGCGUAUUCGCCCUAGCCAAUCUCGUCGCCGCUGCCUUCUCGCCCAUCCAAGACUGCGACGAAGUCUUCAAUUACUGGGAACCAAGUCACUACCUCAACCAUGGCUACGGUCUCCAGACCUGGGAGUACUCCCCUGACUACGCCAUCCGAAGCUGGACCUACACUGUUAUACACUCGCUCGUAAUAGGAAUUGCUAUGCUGCCUCUACAGGCACUAGGCUUGGAAAGAUCCAAAGUGUUCGAGUUCUAUUUCCUCCGCGCAGUCCUAGCCAUAACCUGCGCAGCAUGUCAGGCUCGCAUGUACACGGCUAUCAAGAAGAUGUUCGAGGUGCGCGUUGCGUCCUUCUUCUCUAUGAUCAUGGUCAUAAGCCCCGGCAUGUAUCACGCUGCCCCUGCAUAUCUUCCGUCGAGUUUCGCCAUGAAUUGUGCUAUGCUUGGAUUUGCGUCUUUUAUGGACUGGUCCGGACGUAAGAUGAGGACUGCACAAGGUAUUGCAUGGUUCGCCGUUGGUAGUGCUCUGGGUUGGCCCUUUGCAGGCGCGCUCGCUCUACCCUUUAUCGCGGAAGAUUUCCUUGCAGGCGUGUUCACCGGCACCAUCAAAGAGAGUCUGCGGCGUAUACUACUCCAAGGCGCACCUAGAGCCUUUGCUAUUGUAAUCUUGCAGACCGCCAUCGACUCGCUGUUUUACAGGAAGCUCGUGUGCGUGCCGCUCAACAUCGUACUAUACAACGUCUUCAGCGGUGGUAGUAGAGGACCUGAUAUCUAUGGAGUAGAGCCGUGGCAUUUCUACGUUCGAAAUCUAGCGCUCAACUUCAACAUCUGGUUCUUCCUCGCGCUGGCUGCUCUCCCGCUGCUGCUGAUCCAGUAUGUUGUCUUUGACAGGGCGGUUUAUCGGAACACGCUCACGAGGUCCAUCACCUUUGUCAGCCCAUUCUACUUAUGGUUGGCGAUAUUUACCGUUCAGCCUCAUAAAGAGGAACGGUUCAUGUACCCAGCGUAUCCUGCUUUAGCCUGGAAUGCAGCCCUCUCCUUGCACAUCUUGCUAGCCAACUUUGGUUCGAUGGACCCACGACAUCUGGUCAGCAAGAUACCUCCAAUGGUGAAGCUCGUCAUUGUUUGUAUUCCCGUACUCUUGUCCUUGAACCUGGGCAUCCUCAGGAUCAAUGGUCACAUGUCUGCAUACUCGGCGCCACUCAAUGUUUACACACCAUUAUUUAACCCUACAAUUGCACACGCAGGAGACACCGUAUGUCUAGGCAAAGAGUGGUAUCGCUUCCUAUCUUCCUUCAACCUGCCCCAAGGUGUCCACGCCAAAUUCAUCAAAAGCGAAUUCUCUGGCCUCCUGCCAGGCGAGUUCAGCGAAGCCGAUGCCAGACUCGGACUAUUUCCCGGCACCUGGCUCGUACCGUCCGGAAUGAACGAUGAGAACCUGGAAGAUCCUAGCAAAUAUACCGAUAUCGAGCAGUGUGACUUUAUUGUAGACUCUCGCUCUGCUGGUGCUCCACCAACAUCUCUCGAGCCGGAUUACAUCUCCGAUACAGAGCACUGGAAGGCGUUGAAGUGCCUCCCUUUCCUAGACGCAAGCAAGACACAUACUAUCAGUCGCAUGCUCUGGGUUCCAGACCUAGCCGUGAUUCCAGCAAAGUUUCGUCGCCAAUGGGGUGAUUACUGUCUGCUACAACUACCAGUGGUCAGACACAAAGUGGGGGUAUGUUGGAACUUGAUGUUCAUCAUGUCGACUCUUGUCGCUGACCUCGAAGAGCUCGUCAAGCGUCUUGCACGUGACAUACGCCAUCACUGCACCGCCGCUGCAACGCAGUUCAACAAUUUACUCCAAGACAUCAAUACCCAACCCAAAGCAGCGUUAUAUUCCCUCAUCCUCUUCGCGACGUUCUCCUACCUCGCCGUAACCAUCACCCACCUCAUCCGCGCUCGCCGCCUCCACCCCUCUCGUCCCAGCACCCCCAACCUAGAAAAACGCUCCCCGUUCAAAGCACCGGAUCGCCCUCCAGGAGUAUGGCCUCCCUCCCCCUUUAACCGCCCCCAAGCACCGCCUUAUCCAAACUUCUCUUUGAGCACUACGAAACCGUUACCGUACCGUCCUUUUCGCCAUGGGCCGAAGUAUAACAUCACGAUGGGUUUGAGGAAUAUGAAUUGGGAUGAAUGGAUUGAACUCGAUAACGAAUAUUUGAGUUACCAUAAACUCAAAGCAGAGAGGAUAGCAGAGAGGGGUUCGAAAUGUGUCAAGACUGCUCCGGAGGCGGAGGCCGCGGUAAGGGAGCUGUUGGAGGAAUUGAGUGGAUAUUUGACGGAACGAUAUCCCACUGUUUUUCAAGCCAUCAGAAAUGAGCAUGGUGUAAAGAACGGACUGGAGAACCUGGUCACGAACGAAAUAUUCGAUCUUGAAAGACUGGAGCGGAACGGUGUAAAGGAGGAUCCGAUGGAGAUGUGCGCCAGACUAAUCCAAGACGACCUCGCCAUCAUGGUUGAGAAGGAAGAUGGACAGUACUACCUCCUCGCUGGAGCGAUUCUACUAGCUGGGUUUUGGAGACUGGAGGAUAAGUUCGGUAUGCCGUUAAGUGAGAUACAUACUAGUGGGGAUGUUCCUGGUUUCAAGACCAAACUCGAAAAACCAAUGUCCAACUUCUUCCGGCGAAUCCAGCCCCAGUCCCCCGUCCUCCGAAACAACUACUUCAUCCAAGUUGAUGAUAACCUCGCUUGGAGCGAGAGUAUAGGGUCUGAAGAUACAGAGGGAGAAGAAGGGAUAGGGUGGUUUACAGCGGAGAAGAAUAAAGCGGUUGAGCAUCAUUGGUUUAGGAGUGAGAGGCAGAGUCUGAGGAGACUCCCCAAAUCCGGCGGCGUAGUCUUCACAAUCCGGACCUACUUCCACCCCAUCACGGAAAUCGCACAGGAACCAUAUGUGCCGGGUAGACUGGCUAGUGCGAUUCGUUCUUGGGGGGACGAUGUGAGUCGGUACAAGGGAAAGGAGAUGUAUGGGGAUGUGCUGUUGGAGUAUUUAGAUAGGAAACAUCAAGAGCAGGUGGAGGCAGGGUUGGAUGUUGAUGCUGAAGACGAUGUGAGGGGGUAUCCUUUUUAA